CCGACUGUGUGAUAACAGAACAUUAUUUUCUCAUGCUGCACAAACGAAAUUUUAAAAUUAUUUUAUAAUCGAUUAUGCAAAAGUAUGUUAUACUUAUAUUGUUUAUUUACAAUAACUUCAGUCGUGGUUAAAUAGUUGUUUUAUAUUUCUUCGGCAUGAAGGUAGUCGUUCAACGGGUUUUAAAAGCCAAAGUCUCAGUGGAUGGCCAAGAAGUAAAUUCAAUCACCAAAGGCCUGUGUUUAUUAGUUGGUUUGCACAAAUCCGAUCAACAAAGUGAUAUUAAUUAUAUGGUACAAAAGAUUUUAAAGUUAAGACUGUUUGAUAAAGAUGAAAAAAAGUGGCACUCGAGCGUGGUAGACAUGGGCUAUGAAAUAUUAUCUAUUAGUCAAUUUACAUUGUGCUAUAAACUGAAAGGAAAUAAACUAGACUUUCAUUAUGCCAUGCCUGGUGACGCCGCUCGACAAAAUUAUCAGUAUUUCUUGGAAUCUCUAAAGAAAUCCUACGAUGAAACAAAAAUCAAAGAUGGCGUUUUCGGCGGUAAAAUGGAAGUUGAAAUUGUAAAUGAUGGACCGGUAACCGUGCAGCUGGAAACUAGUGAAAAAACUAUUUCAGAACAAUCUCGUGAAUGCCAAGACGAUGUUUAGGCACUGAAAACUACUAGUUAAUUCUAGUACAAUUUUUUUUUGUGAUUACUCGUAAAUUUUAGAGUAUAAUGAAAUGUUUUGUCGAGUUAUUUAUUGUUUUAGUGAUAAUACAUUGUAUGCAUUUAACUAUAAAAAUUUCUAUUAUAUAAUUUAAGAACCAUAAAGUUUUAUAUUGAAAUUUGUUGAGGCGGGCAUUGAAUAUGAUAGUUAACUUACCUACACAUAAAACGUUUCAGGUAAAAUACUUAAACUUUAUUGAUAAGAUAUAUUUAUUACUAUAAACAAAUUAAAGUCUGUUAUGUGUUAUCUCAA